AUGUCGGGGAUCACCCUCAGCAGACUCGCCCAGGAGAGGAAAGCUUGGAGAAAAGACCACCCAUUUGGUUUUGUCGCUGUCCCCACCAAAAACCCCGACGGCACGCUGAACCUCCUGGAGUGGAAGUGCGCCAUCCCGGGGAAGAGCGGGACCGCGUGGGAGGGCGGCCUGUUCAAACUGCGCCUGAGCUUCAAGGAGGACUAUCCGUUCUCGCCGCCCACAUGCCAGUUUGUGCCGGCGCUCUUCCACCCCAACGUGUACCCUUCGGGCAUCGUGUGCCUGUCCAUCCUGGAGGAACACAAGGACUGGCGGCCGGCCAUCACCAUCAAGCAGGUCUUACUGGGAAUACAGGACCUUCUAGAUGAACCAAACACUGAAGAUCCGGCUCAACCAGAGGCCUCCAUGCUUUACGACCAGAACAGAGAGGGAUAUGAGAGAAGAGUUCGAGCACAAGCCAAGAAGUUCGCACUCUCAUAA